AGUAGGCCGGCAGCAGAUGGAGUUGUGACGACGUGCGUGGCCACAGAACUGCGGCGCCUUGAGGAAGUUAACGGAAAACAAAAACUGCAUUAAACUGUAAAACCCAGAAUGGAAACUUAAGCUCGCUCAUGUUGCUGAACGGGUUUUCUGAAGUUUAUCUCAACAAAAAGAAGCAGGCAGUUUUUCACAGGUUCUGUGAGAGAGGAACUUGAGCGAGCAGAGGAUGAUGGCAGCGGUGGGCGUGCGGUUUCACAGCUUCAGAACGGACAGAGAGCCCUGAACUUCCUGCUGCGCGCUGCUGCUCACAGACUCCACGUCAGACGCUGCCUUCAGGUCUCACACAGCCGACGUCCGGCGCAGUACCAUGAGACCAGCGUCACUCCUUGUGGCGUUUCUGAUGAUCUCCUGCACUGAGGCCUCUGACAACAUGAACAUCUGUUACAUCUUAGACGGGAUUCUCAUCUUCUACGGAAUCAUUCUAACUGCCUUGUACUGCAGCCUGAGGUUCCGUCCAGGAAAUCAAAGUCCUGCCCGUCACCCAGAGAAGUCGCUGUACGAUGGAGGCGUCUAUGCGGGUCUGAACCCCCACCCGGUCGGAACCUACGAGACCAUCGGGAUCAACAAAAAGCCCACAGUGUGACGAAGCUGAUCCGACUGUCUGGAUCUGUCCUGCGCUUUGUAUUUGAUAUUUAAUUUAACGUCUGGGGGGCAGACAAAGAAAGUUUCUGGUCUCUCAGCUGUUUCCACCUGCUUGAAAAUAAUUUGCUUGUUCUUUGGUUUUAUUGUUGAGCUGUUUGCAGGUUUUACUCCCCAAACUUGAGUUUGGGUCAAUCCUGGUGUAGAUUUCAGUAAAAAAAAAAAAAAAAUUGGGGGGGACCCAGGACACAGAAAGAUGGCACAUUUUUCUUGGUUUUCUUGUGCAAUAAUCAUGCUUUCUAAUCUGCAUCUUGACAUGACACACCUGUGAGGUGCAAUGGAUUAUCUCGACAAAGAAGACGUGCUCACGCACACAGAUUUAGACAGAUUUAUGAACAAUAUUUGACAGAAAUAGAUCUUUUGUGUUUAUAGAAAAUGUUUGAGAUCUUUGAGUUCAGCUCAUGAAAAAUGGGAGCAAAAACAAAAUGUGUGUGUGUGUGUGUGUGUGUGGUACAAUACAGUAGAGUGUGUUAGACUAUCAGGUGUGUCCUGCACUAUGUUUUGCUACAUUUUCUGAUGUAACUUUGUAUCUUGUGUGGGAUAAAGUGUGAAGCUAUAAAAUUUUGAGGUUUGCAUGGAAAAAUGCACUGAGCUUUUAUGAUUAUUGAUUUAUAUAUAUAUAUAUAUAUAUAUAUAU